AUGGCGAUGAAAACGUUACAAUUUGUAGCGGGUCUUCAGGAUCCUACACUGCGCGAAGUUUGCCUUAGGAUAAUUCUCCGACUGUACUCACAUGCGGAUGACACUCCGAUGAAAAUCGAAGAUCUGGUUAAUGAAUGUGAGAAUUUCACCGCAUUGAAAAUGGACAACACGGACAUGGAAGGAACACACGACGUCCAUGCUGUGUGGAAGAAGAAGAUAAAAUGCUUCAGCUGUGGAGGUCCACAUUUCAAAAAAAAUGCCCACUCUCCGCCUCCGCUGGUCAGAAGAAGCGAUGCAGAACAGGACCCCAGCCCUAUGGUCGCAGAAGACAGUGCAAAAACGUUGUCGCGUUUGACGCCGAGAAUACAAGGACUUACCUCGACGUCGUUAUCAAUGGAUGUUCAU